AUGUCUUCGGCUCGCUACGGUUCCUCGGAGCUACCUCCCCCUCCACCGCCUAUGGGCCCUCCUGGAUCGACGUCAUCUAUCGAGAGCCCCGGGCCUUCUCAUCACACUUGGAAUUCCCUCAUGUCGGAUAUCACAAUGAGUGAAGAUGAAGAAGGACACAAUCAUCAGCACCAGAGCAAUCAUAGAAACUACCGUCCAUCUGAAGCAACGGAGGACAGUGCUGCUUCACUAUUGGAAUAUUCUCAAUCCAGCGAGGAGGCAUACACUCAUAAACGCGAGGGGACAUCCAGCAGCAGUCUCUUGGGUUCUGCAUUAUCGGGAGGUACCUCCAAUUUUCGAUUUCGAGAUGAUCUCACCAGUUCCAGUCGAGUGGUACGUCUCCCUUCGCAAGGAGAAGAUAAUAAUAAAGGCAACCGUCCACACCAAUAUCAGCAGCAGCAAAUGCAAGCCGUGGAAGAAGGGACCUCGCUGCUUCCCACGGAAAAGUUAUCAUCCGACAAUAAUCAUCAACGACGGCAUAGAAAACAUCCUCCUCAUCAUCAUAAACAACGUGGAGGAGGAGCUCCAGUCAAUCGGUCAACUUUCCUUUCAACGCCCAACCGAUGGGUAGCACAAUUAGCAUAUUCCUUUCGAACCCCACCAGCACCCAAGCAAAGAAAACAAGCCAUGAAUAUUGAUGAAGCUGCUGGAGAGUUUCAACAACGUGGCAGCGAAGCCAGUGCACACACUGCCACCAAAUCCAAAGGAAGCAAAAAGGGUACCGGUAGCAGAAGAAAGGUGGCUGUUCAUAAAGGUCAAGGCGAACAUCAUCAUGUGGCUGUACACUUAAACAAGUCAGAAGCCAGUCCCUUGUUGCCGCUCAAGGAAGACGAAGAAGUUUUCAACAACCAAACAUUCCCCAAAAAACAAUAUCAUCACCGCCACAAUGUGCAGCAUGGACACCACAAACUAUUUGCUUCCAAUCAUGUUCACAGGCAUCCGUAUGACUACAUCUCCAUGGCGGUGGCUUUCCUCAAAGAUUACGAAGCAGCCCGCCCUCCCACAUUGGCGCCCAAUAUCUCCAUAAUCACUCCGUGGCACAUGGGCCUUUAUAGACUCAAGUAUUCGACACUCUACUCGCUAUUGAUUGCAUCCGCAACAGUCGCGCUGUUUUUGUCCAGUGCCUUGGAAGGACCUUCUCCAACCGAUUCCAACAUUCGCAUGCAUACACUCAGUGGAUUAAACAUUUAUGCCUUGGUCAUUUUUGGUACCGACAUGUGGAUACGAUGUCAGUUUCUCAAGGCGCAACGUGCCGCUCGAAAAGUCAAAUCAAGCAACAAUGGAUCUUCCGGUUCCAGGCAUCAAAUGAUGAGGGGUCUGCCUCCCAUUCAAACUAGAACGAGCCAAGCCAGUCUCCUGAUGCGGCCCUUGUGCUUGUUUGGAUUGUUCUUGGGAUUGGAGAACUUGGGGUGGCUAAUCGCACGGCCAGAUAGAACCUUUGUGGUCUUGUAUUCGAGUAUUUGGAAGCCGAUUGUGCUGUAUUACAUCUCUUCCCAAGCACGGCACGCCAUGGAAGCCCUCCUUCGGAUUGCCCGCAUUGUGACCAAAGUGCUGUUCAUUGAAUUGGUGCUGAUUCUGAGCUUUGCAGCUGUAGCUGUGAGACUAUUUGGAAGCGACUUUGAAUCCUUUCGCCAUCUUUCCGUGGCGUGGCUUUCUCUCUUCAAGCUGUCCACUACGGUUGUCAACCCAAGCAUAUGGAUGCCAAUGUACCAAUCGACGCGAUGGUCUGCCAUCUACUUUGUAUUGUUUAUUAUUGUCACAUUGUUCUACAUGCAUUCGCUCGUGUUAUCAGUGGUGUUCCAGACCUACAUCCAAGCCGCUUCGGAAAUCCACGACCGUUCGGUAACAGAUAGAGAGAAUGCACUUCAACUGGCCUACACCGCCCUUACGAAGCAACAUCAACAGGAUGCGAGAAAGCGAAAGGGCGCUUUGCAAAAGUCACAGACAGAAGAUUCCCAGCUUUCACAGCAACCUGGAAUUCCAAUGUACCUAGUUCGGGAGGCCUUGGAAAGUUUACGGCCACACUACAGCACACCGAAAAUCAAUGCAUUGGUGGAAAUGUUCGAUACGGCCAAUGUCAGCGACGUCGACUAUUCAACAUUUCGGACUAAGAUUCGGCAGGCUUUGAGCGCAAGAAUCCGCACAGUCCGCAUUGCUUCACCCUUGGCCGUGUCGAUCGAACUGUUGGCAGUUGUAGUUGCAGGGGUCAAUUUUGUUUACGUGAUAUUGCUCACCUCGGAUUUCAGUGCUCAAUGGUUUGACGCCAUUGAACUUGAAUUGGGGGCAGUUAUCACCGUUGCAGGCCUUGCGGAGUUACUGAUGAGGGCAAAUCCAUUAAGACUGCCAAACUUCACACCUUUGAAAAGGUUUAAUUCGGCCUUCGACGGCCUCGCCAUCGUCGCAGGCUUGAUAUCAUCUGUUGGAGUUGGGCUUGCCUUUGUCGACCGUUCUGAAGCGCUUGAAUAUAUUUUGAUGGGUCGCGCGAUGGACAUGGUUCGAGUCAUGCGUUUCUUUCGAAUCUUUCGAGACGUUGUCCGCCGCAGUGCAGAUGUCCUCCCUGCCAUGAGUGGCCCCGUUACCCUUGUGUUGACUAUGCUCCAUAUCUUUGUGUAUAUUGGAAUGGCCUUUUGGGGCGGAGCUAUUGAAAUCGGGGAGCACGGAGAUCAGAUCACACCGCUUUAUGACUUGAACAACUUCAAUUCGUAUCACGAGGGUUUGGUAACGAUGUUCCAAAUCAUGGUUGUCAAUGACUGGCACGCUAUCGCGGAGGUGUUCUUGUACGCGAAACGAUGCGCAAGUCCACGGAUUGUUUACCCCUUCUUUGUCAUCGGAAACCUGGUUGGAGUCAGCAUCCUUUUGAACGUGAUCACUGCUUUUUUCGUCGAAGCUUUUGUGACCAAGCUGAGUGGCCAUGAUCGCAACGUGGAACGAGCACCACAAUCGGCGAGAGAUUUUAGCAUCAGAACGUCCGAGAACUCAACCUUUCGACGAAUCUCAUCGUCUCACAACCUGUCGUCUCACAACCUCUCAUCGUUGGGCGGAGAAGACUACGAUGCAGCCCACGACGCUGACUCGGAGGGUAGCUCUGAUAGUUCUGAGCUGUUUGAGUUUGACGUUUACGAGAGAGAAGGAUAUGAUAGGAUCAUCCAGACUGUUUCCGGUGUCGACUCUAGGGAUGAUUUUGCACGCCAAGUUGCGAGCCAUUUCGAGUUGUUCGAGGGUCUCACACCUGGCCGUGAACGGGUUGGUUAUCUAGUUUGCUGCCAACAAACGUUGAAUCGGUACGGAAAUCGUCGGUUUGAAACUGAUGCCGCAGAUUUUGUGGCAAAGAUGGAAUUGCACGCCUUGGUCAGCAACAUGCACGGGGAGUUGUUAGUGCUUUCGUCAAGAGAAACGUUCGACCACCGCUCUCUGGUCCGCAUGAUACCUCAUCGUACGGAUCCGUCUAGGAAACUUGAAGUGUCUGCAACCAUUCUCCGGCGUCAUCCCGCACUGUCGCUCUUUGCAUCGAGGGUUAUCAGUGGAGACUAA